AUGCCUCACGCAACCUCCAAGGCCGGUGAGGCCGGGGAGGACACCGAAUUUGACGAUGUGAUGCGCCAGCUGAACAACUUCGAAAGUAAUGCCAACAUGGACUUCUUGGACCGAGACCUGGAUGUUGGAGAGAAGGCGGACGAUGCAAUCGACUAUGAGGAUUUUGAGGAUGAUGACCUCCCGGAGGAGGAGGUCUUGGGAUCAGCGGCCCCAGCCCUGCCUGAUGUUGACGACGGUGGUCAAGACCCUUUCGCAAACCUUGGCUCGGACGAUGCCGCGCUUUUCGGGAAUGGUGAUGAUUUAUUCGGCGACCAGGGUGAGGGCGCUCAGGCUCAGGAUGAUAACCUUGAUGAUCUCUUUGGCGAAGACUCAUUCUCGCCCCCUCCUGCUGGACAGGAGGAUCCUACCAAGGGCCUUUUCGAGGACGAAGAGAUGCCGUUGACAGCAGAUCCCGUUGAACUCCCGCCUCUUCCGACGGCCCCUGAACCGCAGCCCGAGCCAGUGCCCGCAGAGGAGGAUGAUUUCCCGGACGACGACAGCAUCAUGUCCGACAGCAUGAACCCCAACGAACUUCGCGCUUGGAAACUCCAACAGGCCUUGUUCGCCAUGUCUGGCCCAGAAAAUCCGCCUGCGCCAGCGGAGAACCACGAAGAACUGUUGCAUUCCCUGUUUCCUUCGUUUGACCGCAACACUCUUCCGCGAUGGCUGGAGUUGAUCCCCCACAAAAGGGCUAUCUUCAUUGGAAAACAGCCCAACAAACCGCCCAAGCCCGUCUUGCCCACGAAAGUCAACAUCGAACUUGCACCUGACCAAGAGCGUACAUUCAGAACCGGUCAGCCCCUCAAGCGAGGCCUGGACCAUGAAUCCCUUGGGAUUGUGACGAUCUCACAAUCACCUCGCGAGGACGAGGACGAGGACACAAACGAGGACGCUGAAAUGGGAGAUGGUGAUAUGGACGACGACGAGACAUUACCCGGUGGUUUCACCAUGCAAGAUCUUCGAACAAUCUGUGUCGAUUGGGAUGUCAAAGACGAUCUCUCUGUCACGGAUGUCGAUGAUCAGCCCCUGCAACAGAACAAGAAUGACUUUAUUGAUGGAGACGAUGAUGACUGGCUCAUGGAAACCGAGGCUCCAAGCAAGAAGCGCAAAACGGGCCCGACUCCCAUGGAUGUCAUUGCCUUGUCGCACAUCGAUAUUCCACUGUUGGAUGACCCCGAACAGGCGACAAUGAAAAUCGCCAAGAGAGUGACGAUUGACCUCAACGACCCAAACAUCCUUGUGGAUGAAUCGAGAGCGGAUGCAAUCGGCAACAAGCCCAAGCACGCUGCUCCCCGUACCAGAGACGAGGUGGAUCUGAACUUGACCCGUCGUCUCACCCAGCGAUACAACAUCUCGAACGAUCAAGCGUACGACAUGCUCAAGCAGAACCACCAGAACAAGAUCCGCAGUACCCUCGGCAAUGUGACACUCGAGCACGGUCUACCAGCUCUGCGCCUCCAGUGGCCUUACUAUAAGACUGAGCUGGGCAAAGCCGAAGCCAGAUCCUUCCACCGACCCGCCAUGUCAUUCCGCCCAGGACAAACUUCAUGGUUUAAAAACCCUGUCUACAUCAAACGCAAGCAACUGCGUGGCCGGGAUGCAAAGAGCAUCUACGACUCUACCCAAUCGCUGUCCAUGGGUGAUAACUCCAACGUCUUGCUCGUGGAAUAUUCCGAAGAAGUUCCCAUGUCACUGGCUAACUUCGGAAUGUGCAAUCGUUUCAUCAAUUACUACAGACGCAAGAAUAUCGAUGAUCCGACUCGCCCACGAGCAGAGAUCGGUGAAACUGCCGUUCUUCUGCCUCAAGACAAGAGUCCCUAUUCCAUCUUCGGUCAUGUUGACCCCGGCGAGAUUUCCCCAGCAAUUUCAAAUUCCAUGUACCGAGCACCGCUCUUUCCGCACCAAAGCAAGCCUACGGACUUCCUUGUGGUUCGCAGUACCACCGGCGUCGGCGGCAGUACCUACUACUUGCGCAACAUCGAGAACUUCUACGUUGCCGGUCAGCAGUUCCCAUCAGUUGACAUUCCUGGUCCACACUCACGUAAAGUGACCACUGUCGCAAAGAACCGUAUGAAGAUGCUGGUGUAUCGCUUAUUGAAGAAGAGCCCAGACGAGCGACUUGCAAUCAGUGAUGUCACAGCCCAUAUUCCGAACACCACGGAUAUGCAAAACCGACAGAAGGUCAAGGAUUUCCUGCAGCACGACAAAGACACCAAAUACUGGAAGCCACUGGACCCGACCCUUCCUGAUCAAGAUACCAUCCGUUCCUGGGUUCAGCCCGAAGAUGUUUGUCUUCUAGAGUCCAUGCAGGUCGGCCAGCAACAUCUUCACGACACUGGAUAUGGCAAUGAUGCCGAGACCGGUGGCGAUAACGAGGAAGACGAAGAGUUUGAGAGUUUCGAGCAACAAAUGGCCCCAUGGAAGGCGACCCGCAACUUCUUGCUAGCAUCCCAAGGUAAAGCCAUGUUGAAACUUCACGGUGAGGGAGAUCCUACUGGCCGUGGCGAGGGAUACAACUUCAUCAAGACAAGCAUGAAGGGUGGUUUCAAGGCCAUUGGCGAGAGUGUGGAGGAUAAGCUUGACGCACAGCGAUUGAAGGAGCUCGGUGGUCACAGCUACAACGUUGCCCGUCAGCAAAAAUCCUACGAAACAUCCAUCCGCCGCAUCUGGGAUGCUCAAAAGGAAAGCCUCUCCUCCACCAUCGAGCAUUCCGACCAGGAGAGUGACAUCGACCAAGAGGACGACUAUCAAGAGCAGUUCAACAAACCGACUCCACGUUCCGAAGCACCGACCCCUGGUCCAUAUCGCCGCGAUGACGAGACCACCAGUCAAUUCAGUAAAAUGAGUUUCAACAGCCAGCGCGGCAAAGUCCUUCGCAUCACUCGCCAAGUUGCAGCAGAGAACGGCGAGAUUGUGGAGAAGGAACAGCUCAUCUGGGAUCCUCGGGUCAUCAGACACUACAUUCAACAUCGCCACACCCACGAGGCCAUGAACACAAAGCUGGAAUCACUCAAGCCUACCGGCGACGCCGAGGUUGAUGCCCGCAACAGAAAGCUCAUCGAGGCCGAACUCAGCCGUCUCAACCGCAACAAGGAGCGCCGCUUCGCCCGAGAGAAGCAGAAGGGUAUUCCUCGUGCCGGUGAUCCGGAUGGCAAGCCCGCCGGUACCCAGCGCAAGUGCGCCAACUGCGGUCAAGUUGGACAUAUAAAGACAAACAAGAAGCUCUGCCCCUUGCUCAAUGGUACCAUGAAGCCAGAGGACCGAGUCACAGAUUCAGCCUUCUCCAUGAGCGCCCCGGUUUUGUGA